UGGAUGGUAGCGCAGGCGACGAGGGCAAAUUCCCGUCCUGUUCGAGAGAAGUCCUCCACCGGCUUGUCCACCAUGACCAAAUUGACGGGACGGCCCAGCGAAUAUCAAAUCCCAAAUUGGAAGAGAAAAGUGCGGCAAACGGAGAGGAGGAGGGAGAAGGACUCCUGUCAAAGAUGUCGACGUGUACUUCUCUCUCAAAUGGCAAUAAUUACUUGCUCUCGAUACGUGGCGUAGCAAAGUGCGGACACGGGAGAGGGAAGGGCCUUCUCCUAAUCGUCACUGCUUCCGCGCUCGCUUCCCCUGAGGCCUCCUCAGCUCGCAAGCUUUAG